AUUGCAUCUGAGAUAAAUUACCAUGAUUCUCUCCACGGCGGCCAGUUUCUGGACAGCUGCUGUUCUACUUUUGUAUCUGCACUCAGGUGACUGUACAGAGGUAAUUGGUGGAAAGGAGGUGACACCUCACUCCCUCCCCUACAUGGCUCUGCUGGAGGACAACAAAGGACAAAGAGUUUGUGGAGGAAUCCUCAUCCAUCAGCAAUGGGUCCUGACUGCUGCUCACUGUCCUCACAUGAAGAAGGUGUUGCUGGGUGUCCACGCCAUCGACAAGGAGGAGAAGGAAACAAGGCAGGUCCGAAAGGUCAAAAGUCAAGUGCCUCAUCUCUGUUUUGAUGACAAAUCUGCUGUUAAUGACAUCAUGCUGCUGAAGCUCGAUAAGAAAGUGAAACUUAGUAAGGCGGUGAACGUCCUGCCUUUACCCGACUCAGUGGACGACGUCCCAGCAGGAACCGUCUGUUCAGUGUCAGGAUGGGGCUCCAUCAAGAACAACCCCAAAGCCAUGUCCAACGUCCUAAAAUCAGCCAAUGUCACAGUGAUCGACAGACGGAAGUGUAACUCUCCAGAGUACUACAACAUGAACCCCAUCAUCACCUAUAAGAUGCUGUGUGCCGGCUCUGUAGGCAAGACCAGGGAAGACUCAUGCCAAGGAGACUCUGGGGGUCCGUUGGUGUGCGGCGGUAAGCUACAAGGAGUCGUGUCUUAUGGUAAAGAAUGUGGCAUCAAGACCAAGCCUGGAGUUUAUACAAUGGUGUCUAAAUACCUUGACUGGAUCAAGAAAACAAUACGGAAAUAACUAUUACACUGCCUGACAGGCAUUCAAUCAUGAAUCGUCAGCAUUUUCUCUGUAAAAUAAUUGUAUACUUUUUAUUUAAGUUGUGACUUUGAUAGACAGUGGUUAUUCAACUCCUGUCCUACAGUGGCGAAACCCUUCUGGUUUUCAUCCUGUCCUAAUCUGGGUUUAAUUAGGCCCGGUGUUGAUUAUGUGUUGAAAAAGUAUGUUUCAUCUACCUGUAGCAAAGUGUGAAACUGCUGGUUACCUGAAAAUGAAAAAAUAUCAGAAAAUAUGAAAUGUCUUGCAAUCUCUUAAAUAAAAAAACUCACAAACAUUG